AUGGGAGGUCGUAGCAAAAGACCCUCGGGUGGACGUAUGCUACGCAUCAUUGCUGCGGUGCUAGUACUGUGCUUAUGGGCCUUUAAAUUUCCCAUAUUGUUCGAUGAGUCGAUUGACCGAGCAAAGGAUUCUCCGGCAACGCACAGUUCCUCAGGGAAUAACUGGGACUUUCUGACGUUGCCGCAGACACCUUUGGCAGCAAACCAAAACCUGAUACAGAUCGAAUUUGAUUGGAUCAAUGCACGUUUGCUCGGACCCGACUCUUACGGUGGAACCGAUAAAUGCAGUCUUUGUGGGUGUCCUGGCGUUCCAACCCCUCGAGACUGCCCGCAGUGGUACACAGUGGAGGACAUCCAAGACUCCGUACACUUUAUGGAUGAUCACAGCGAUGUGCUUAUUCCGCACUCACGUGCUUUGUUGAACAAAAGACGAUUAGAGGCGGAAGGCGACUGUCAGGUGAAGGAGGUUACUCAAGCCCGAGGUGGAUGGUGUCUUACACCAAAUCCUAAAGGGGAAAAAAUGACUACGGCUAAUGGCAGCUUUCUUGUACCAUUCCAUCAUGUUCCUCCAGCAAAGCGUCUCGUCGAUGAAAUUGACAAGCUGAUUCGAGACGAAGACGUAAGAUCAAUAGUCGACUUUGGUGCAGGUGUAGGACAGUACAAGUUGGCCUUGACCGAGCGGCAUCCUGAUCUACAGUACUAUGCGUAUGAUGGGGCUGGUAAUGCUGUUAAUUAUACCAACGACUACCUGGAAUACUUUGAUCUGACCAUUCCUUUGGGACUACCCAAGGCGGAUUGGGUUUUGUCACUUGAGGUGGGAGAGCAUGUGCCUAGUAAAUACGAAGGUAUGGUCCUACGGAAUCUGCAUCGACACAAUUGCAAAGGAAUAAUAUUGAGUUGGGGUGUUCUUGGCCAAGGAGGAUAUGGCCAUGUCAACAACCACUCCAAUGAUUAUAUCAUCAAAGUGAUUGAACAGCUUGGAUAUGUUCUAGACCAAAAAUUGACUGCACGAUUCCAGCAAGCCAAGGAUAAUUACUGGUGGUUCAAAAAAUCAACCAUGGCCUUUCGACGUACGACUGAAGUCUGUUAGUGUACCCGCUGGCUGCGUUGAAAAAGAGUGCUGCUUCGGUUUUUCAAAAUACGAUUUGAUGACAUUUGGUGACUGGAUCCCGGCUUGGUUGGAUGCGAUGGCACGGUGAUAGAAAAAUUGAAGAGAACGGUUUUCUAUAAACUCAAUUGCACUUAUUU